CCGAAGCCGAAGGCGGCCGGACGAUGAGUUCUCCGGGCUGCCGAUUUAUGAAAAUAUGCAUCAGUUUAAUACUGUCUUGGCAUUCAUGAGAUGGAAGCAUAGGUCAAAGCUGUUCAGAGAAACUUGGAAAUACAAUUUUCUCUAGUCACAUCUGUGAGGAGCCAGGAGAAAGCAGUAGAAGUUGGAGUCGUUGUCAAAUGAUUGAGAUCUUUUACAAGAAGAUCCCAUUGAAUAAAUGUCACUUAAUUAGUGACACAACAAAACCCUUUAUUAAAGGUUGCUAUACAAGUUAAAAUAAAACAAUGAUUCAUCUGUAUAUUUACAUCAGAUUAUUGGGAGCCUGCUUGGUCAUCGUUUCUCUUGUUCAAGGGCAGAAUCUGGAUAGUAUGCUCCAUGGAACUGGAAUGAAAUCCGACUCCGACCAGAAAAAGUCAGAAAAUGGAGUAACCUUAGCACCAGAGGAUACCUUGCCUUUUUUAAAGUGCUACUGCUCAGGACACUGCCCAGACGAUGCUAUUAAUAACACAUGCAUAACUAAUGGACAUUGCUUUGCUAUCAUAGAAGAAGAUGACCAGGGAGAAACCACAUUAGCUUCAGGGUGUAUGAAAUAUGAAGGAUCUGAUUUUCAGUGCAAGGAUUCACCGAAAGCUCAGCUGCGAAGGACAAUCGAGUGUUGUCGGACCAAUUUAUGUAAUCAGUAUUUACAACCUACACUGCCCCCUGUUGUUAUAGGUCCAUUUUUUGAUGGCAGCAUUCGUUGGCUGGUUGUGCUUAUAUCCAUGGCUGUCUGCAUAAUUGCUAUGAUCAUCUUUUCCAGCUGUUUUUGUUACAAACAUUACUGCAAGAGCAUCUCAAGCAGGCAUUGCUACGAUCCCACUUUGGGGCAGGUUGAAGCAUUUAUUCCAGGUGGCGAAUCAUUAAAAGACCUUAUUGACCAGUCACAAAGUUCUGGUAGUGGAUCUGGACUACCUUUAUUGGUUCAGCGAACUAUUGCGAAACAGAUUCAGAUGGUUCGACAAGUUGGUAAAGGUCGUUAUGGAGAAGUGUGGAUGGGUAAAUGGCGUGGUGAAAAAGUAGCAGUCAAAGUGUUUUUUACCACUGAAGAAGCUAGUUGGUUUCGAGAAACUGAAAUCUAUCAAACUGUGCUAAUGCGCCAUGAAAAUAUACUUGGUUUUAUAGCAGCAGACAUUAAAGGUACAGGUUCCUGGACACAGCUCUAUUUGAUUACUGACUACCAUGAAAAUGGAUCUCUCUAUGAUUUCCUGAAAUGUGCUACAUUAGAUAAUAGAGCUCUGCUUAAAUUGGCAUAUUCAGCUGCUUGUGGUCUAUGCCAUCUACACACAGAAAUAUAUGGGACCCAAGGAAAGCCUGCAAUUGCUCACAGAGACUUAAAAAGCAAAAACAUACUCAUCAAGAAAAAUGGAAGUUGCUGUAUUGCUGACUUGGGCCUGGCUGUUAAAUUCAAUAGUGAUACCAAUGAAGUUGAUGUACCCUUGAAUACCAGAGUAGGUACAAAACGAUACAUGGCCCCAGAAGUGCUAGAUGAAAGCCUGAAUAAGAACCAUUUCCAGCCCUAUAUAAUGGCUGACAUCUAUAGCUUUGGCUUGAUCAUCUGGGAAAUGGCUCGUCGUUGUAUCACAGGAGGGAUAGUAGAAGAGUAUCAGUUGCCAUAUUACAACAUGGUACCUAAUGAUCCUUCAUAUGAAGAUAUGCGGGAGGUUGUGUGUGUCAAACGUUUGCGGCCAAUUGUAUCAAAUAGAUGGAACAGUGAUGAAUGUCUAAGAGCAGUUUUGAAACUGAUGUCGGAAUGCUGGGCCCAUAAUCCAGCCUCUAGACUUACAGCUCUAAGAAUCAAGAAGACACUUGCCAAGAUGGUCGAAUCCCAAGAUGUAAAGAUCUGACAGUUAAAUAACCAGGAGGAGAAAUUCUAACCUGCAAAACUGUUUCACCCAUGGAACACGGUGGAAUUAGAGUAGAAUAAGGAUGUUAAAUUGGUUCUUAGACUCUUUCCUCACUACAACUUCACAGGCUGCUAAUAUUAAACCUUUCAGUACUCUGUAGGAUAUAAGCUGGGAACUUCUAAGUCCUUCAUUCUUUACAUAUGGACAGCUUUAUUUUAAAUGUGGUUUUGAUGCCUUUUUUAUUGGAUUUUUAUGAACUGCAUCAAUACUUCAAUCCCAAUUAAAUCACAGUCAAACUUUGGGUACUGAAUAACCUGUUCAUAAAAUAGUGCUUUCUGUGAAAGCCUUAAGAAGAUAAAUGAAUUCAGCUGAGAUGGAGAAACAAUACACUUUUGCUUUCUACCAAGAAAAUGCAAUUUGUUUGUAUUCUACCUUUGUAAACAGCCUAUGGAUCAUGGUCUGUUUGGGAUACUCCUUGGUUUGUAAUAGUUUGUCAUGCCUUGAUAGCAGUGUGUGUGUGUGUGUACGCGUGUGUGUGUGUGCGUGCGUGUGUGCUGUGUGCACCAAAACUCCUGCUGCCAUUUGAAUUAGAAGAAAAUAAUUUAUGAAUGCAGGAAGUUAUUGGUGAUUGUUGGUUUUGUGCUUUUAAAAUGCAUUGUUUGACCAUAUUUUGCCAAUUAUAUAAAAGCCAUUUCAAGUGAGCUAGCUUCUCCACCAACUUUACUUUUUAGCAUAAAGUUGAUAUAAAGGCCAAAAGAAGUUUAAAGUGUCUGUAAAUUUGGACUUUUUCUCCCACAAAUAUCCUUUUUUGGGUGGGGGGAGUGGUGUGAUUAUUUUUAUCAUGAGAAGAAUCCUAUUCAGAGUUGGAGCUUCCAAUGCUAUGAGCCCUCUAAGAAAACACUUCGUAUUGGAGUGCAUUACCAAUUACUGCAUUUGAUAGCAAUGUAAGUGCCUAUAACCAUGUUCUGUAUUCUUUAUUCUCAGUAAUGUUUAAAAGGGAAAUUAUUUAUAUUUUGUGUAUAAUAUUCUUUAUUUACAAACAUUUCCUUUAACACCUCAUUUUAUGAUAUACAUACAUUCUUACUGUAGAAACCAACUCACUGGUACCUCAUAUCUAUCUUUAAGCAUUCUUGUAAAUUAAAAGAUCAUCAAAAUAUUAUAAAAGUAGAACUACAUAUUAACAUACAAAUGUAGUAUAUUAAAUCUAGGAUUUUAUUAAUUUCAGGCAAAGAUUU